AUGUCAUGGCCACCGCUGCUGCUGCCGCACCUCAUCACGGCAUCGUCAUCGUCGGACACGUCAUCGUCAUCGUCGGACACGUCAUCGUCGCUCCGCCGCUGUCGCCUCGUGCUCGUGCUGGUGCUGCUGCUGCUGCAGCACACCAGUGUCGCCACCUGCCCGCGACACUGUGAGUGCAUCGUGCGUACGAACCAGCUAUCGGUCGACUGUCGCGCCGCUGGAUACACCCGCGUACCGCCCGACCUGCCCGCCGACACACUCGUGCUGAACAUGGACGACAACUCGGUCGCCACGCUGCGUGCCGACAGCUUCCGAGCCGCGCCAAACCUCCAGCAGGUGUCGCUGGCGCGCUGCGGCCUGCGCGACAUCGAACCCGGAGCCCUGGCGGGAUUCCGCAAUGUGAAAUCCCUGCUGCUAGGCGGAAACGCGCUACGGGAAGUACCGGCGGCCGCCCUGCGUGGCCUCCCCAAUCUGAAAACGCUGUCGCUGGACGGCAACCCGCUAGGGGCGCUCGUGGGCUCCCCGUUCGCGUCGCUACGAAAGCUGACGCGGCUCGAACUCGGAGGAUGCGGACUCCGGGAAGUCGGACCGGAGGCGUUCGCCGGACUCGACAACGUCAACUUCCUCAGCCUGCGCGACAACGAGCUGACGACGCUGUCGCUCGCCACCUUCCUGCCGCUAGAGGCGCUGCUGCAGCUCGACGUGCACCGCAACCCGCUGCGCUGCGACUGCUCGCUGCGCCCCCUCGUGGACUGGGCGAAGCGACGACGCGUCGGCUUCGGCGCGUCGCCGACGUGCGCGGAGCCGCCGCGAGCGCGCGCCGCGGACUGGGACCGCAUGACUCUGCUCGACUUCGCCUGCGCGCCGACGGUGCGCAUGGCGGCGCUGUCGGCGAGCGACGUCGCCGUGCGUCUGCGCUGCAGCGUCAGCGCCGACCCGCGCGCCACCGUGCUGUGGUAUCGCAACGGUGUCGUGGUGACAGAUCUCUUUCUCAACUACACGAUCUCACGAGACAGCUACUCUACUAGCAGCAGCAGCAGCAGCAGCAGCAGCAGCCGCAGUAAUGGCGACGUUGGCGACAGACACAGCGUACUGACCGUGUACGGAACGCCCAGCGACGUCUACGGAGAGUACGUCUGCUACGCCGAGAACCCAGGUGGCGCGGCGAACGCGUCGCUCGUGCACCGACACGACGACGAGCCGCGUGGAGAGGUCGCCACCGUCGACGCCGACGGCGCCGUCGAGGAGCUGCUGCAGCUGCCACCUAGCGGCCAGAACGCGCACGAGAAGACGACGACCGUGGCGCCGUGCGGCGGCGGGCUGCGGCGCACGCUGUCGGUGCCAGGUGGCGCCACGGGUAAGCGCUACGGCGUCUACCUCUCCGACAUCUCAAACCGAGGCUCGGCGCGGCCGAACCACGUGACCGGCGGCGGCUGUUCCAACGAGAGCGCGCACUCCCCGCGCACGCCGCCGCCGCGGCGCCUCAACAACUAUGAUGCAAACCGGAUCUACGACGCUAGCGGCGGAUACGGAAGUCCGGCUACAGCGCCGCCUCUAGGCAAGACUCGCGUCAAGUACUGCCUGGAGACGGAUCUGUAG